GAGCCUUCUUUGCGCUGGGACAGAACUAGUGUAGUGGAGAGAAUGUCAGAUUUACUUUUAAAAAAUCAAGCAGUUGCAUACAAAUUUGCGCUUUCUUUUGCGGAUAUAACAUAGGCCUAAGUUGUGCAUAUAUGACCUAUAGCAGAUGCAAUACUUCCACUAAAAUAAGUUCCCUUUUACGACAAAAGUGUCAUGUGACGAGCUGUUGGCAGCCUAUGUAAGAAGGUCAGUCAAGUGCAGAAACGAGAAAGGUCAGUCCAUUCGCCUAUUCAAUAAACACGGACCGCCAUUUUGAAUAUGGGCAGCGCAGCCAAAGUUUGCAGAAAAAUUUACUCGGUUCAGUUUGUAACAGCUCUUGCUCUCAAAAAUGUGCACAUCAUGUUUCUUCAGUGUUCUCGAAGCAGUUUUACCUCUUACAGCGAGAGUGGUGUCAUCUGCAUACAUGUCUAUGGUACCUUCGCUGAUUGCGUCUCCCCAAAGCCCUUCCCCAUAGACGAUUUGCAGAUUCUCGGCCGUGUGCCACGUUGUAAAGUGACAACUACCACUGACGGUUGAUUACUCUCAGUAAAGCUCAGCAUACAAAUCCAGCAGCAUUUCUCCGGGAUCCGGCAGAUAUCUUACAACAACUGGCUCAAGCACUGUCCUUGGGUCGCUAGAAGAGUCCAGAGAAAUCAUCCAAUCAGGAUGAGGCGAGCAGGCUUGGAAUCUGGUGGAAGUCGCACCUACGCAGACUACAAUGCAGUAGAGGAUGAAAAUGAACGGCUCGUUGACAGUCUACACGAUAAAGUCUCCACGCUCAAAUCACUGUCCAUCGACAUCGGAACAGAGGUUCGAGAACAGAACAGUUUUCUUAAGCAGCUGGAUGACACCUUUGAUUCCUCCGGAGGCUUGUUGUCCUCCACCAUGGGCCGUCUGAGCAAGAUGGCCAGGGCGGGCCACAACUGCUACCUGUGCUACCUGCUCCUCUUCUCCUUCUUCGUCUUCUUUGUCAUCUACUUCAUCAUCCGGCUCAGAUGACGACGACAGACGGUGGCGCCGUUACCGAAAUGUGGGAGAAUAAUGACAUCUUGCCCGUCACUGCGAUAAUUGUGGACAAUCAGUGCAGCAGUGGCUCCUUGAUUGGGCAUUGAGAUGGGAGCCCUUACAGAGGCAUCCUGAGCGCCCUCUGUUGAUUUGAAAUGAGAACUUGGCUGGCAAGAUGACUAUUGAGGACAUGACCUUUAAGGGGAGUCUAGAAUUUUUUUUUAAAAGUAAAUUUUUAUCGUGGAUGACUUGAUACAGUUUUGCGCUACUUUAUGAAAAACAGGGAUGGAUAAAUAAUAAAUAUUACGUAUGCUGGACAACUCUGGCCGGUGGAAUGAGAAGCCGUCACUGCAGUGGUGCCGCAGGUCAUGCUCGUGCAAAAAUGCCCCCUCGACCAGUUGGGUUCAAUUUCUAGCUAGCACGCGCAUGUCAGGCUGAGGAGCCCAGGGGCCUGUUUGAUUUACGCGGAUCCGGAUCCAUAUCGUGACCAGUGACCUGAUUUUGGUUCACUGACAUCCGGACCCACCGGACAGAUGGAGCGAACCAACAUUGGGACCACCGAUAGAUAUCCAGAUCCGAGUGAAACAAACAGGUCCCACGGGGUUUAGUGUGUCACUCUCCAGCCUCCGUACUUUCGGCAUCUCCUCCGAUCAGCGUGUACCUGUAUAUACAUGCGGAAAUACUUGCACAUGCAGCGGGUCAUUAGCCUUACCUGAACAUGGGUUUAUCGGACAGGCCCCUGCCGAUCAGCUUUCCCUCUGCAGCCUGAAUUCUGUCGUGCCACAUUGGAACAGGUUUCAUGUUACUCAUUUCAUUUCAUACUGCACUCCCACCCAGAAUUUGCACACUAAGGCACAGGGCUCAGGGAUCUGAUCACGGCACCACACUACGUUUCGAUCAUUAUUAGUAAUGUUACACAUUGAAACACCAUUCUUACGAGAAAUCUAGAUCAAGUUGAUUUUUAAAAAAAAGUGACAGCAGUUGUAUAUAUGAACAGAUGUAAUAUGUGAAAAACUACAAUAUUUUGAAUGUACUGUUCAUUUGUGUAUACGUCUGUAUUGUCAUGAUAUAUGUUUCUGGGGCCAAUUUCACUGAGCUGCUUAAGCGUGAAAAAAACCUUGCUUUAAAAAAUAAAGGUUACCAGUUCAAACUCUAUGUGAUUGUCAUGCUAACCAAAAAAACCCUGCAAAAUACGAUACCAAAACAAUCUACAUCACAUGGAGUUUUGGCUGGUUACCAGAUUUAGCAAGCAAGGUUUUCUCCCACUUAAGCAAAUUUUGUGCUUAAGCAGCUGUAUGAAAUUGGCCCCUGACUGUUGGCAUUUCCAAAAAGGUCAUAGGGUAAAUGUUUAUUGUAUCGUGCUCUUCGGGAUUUUGUGAUCUUGCGAUCUUGUUUAUCUUUCUCUUUCUUUUCUGUAUUAAAAGAUAAUUAUCCCCAAUGCCUUAUUGUUUGGAAGAGAAAUAAUUAGGUACUUGUUGGUUCUUUGAUCAUUGGCUGUUGAGAGCUAGCAUGUCCGCACCGAUGGCCAGGAGGUUGUGGGUUCGAGUCCAAUUGUAGCAAGCGUGUUAGUUUUUUUGGUUUUUUCCCCUCAAACUUGAGGAAAGCUGCACAAACAGUGAUGAAGUGCAUCUUAAGUCAUUUGGCACCAGUACUAACACUUGUGCUUGGGCAUUGCCAGGAUUUUUUUGUGAGGGAAGGGACAACCACUUUUUUCUGGGGGAAAUUUGCAAGGGAGGGCGAGUCCUUCAUCAGCUAAAAACUGAUGAACAGUGAACAAUGGGAGGAGGGUCGAUUGGGAUUGUUUUUGCCGAGCGAAUUGGGGUUUUUCAUCCUCUUUCAUCUCUUUUCCCACCCAGUUAUUUCCCCCAUAUUUAUUGCAGUCGAAAUUGGGAUUAAAUUUAGAAUUAAAACAAGA